AUGGCUCAUGACGCUCCAAGAAAUAGGCGUGCUGUAUCUCCAGCUCUUGCGGGUUCCCUCGGACGAGUGACACAAGCAUGUCGGGCUUGCGCGACCAAUCAUUUGCGCUGCACGGAAGAGAAACCGUGCCACCGGUGUAUCGACAAAGGGCUCGAUUGUCUCUGGGACCGUUCAUCAGACUCAGGCACAACGCCUCCUGCGGCGACCGCAGACUUGGUGGAUGGCCCAGGAUUUGCCCCGAGCGGCACAGGUGCAACAUCUGAACAGAGGCCUCCCACCGUUUCAACAGACAUUGACCAACUCCCAGAAGGUUCCACCCCCCAGCCCUUACAGGCACAGCCAUUCUUGGGUACGUUGUCCGCACCUCCGGGGGUCAACCACGACCCUUCGGCCGGAGAACCCAAAUCCACCUUGCAGGUUCCCUUACACGGCGACCUGACCGCCCAUCAGUUUACAGGACUCCCGAAUUCUGACCUGCUGUUAGGGCAAUGGAUGCCAAUGGGGUCCCUUGACUUCGAUGCAAAUUUCGGUUUUGAACUCAACGACAUUGACCUGCGCUUUCUGGAAGCAUACAAUACGAACUUGCCGUUUGAGUUUGACAGAAGAUUACAGAACACUCAGUCGACAAAGGAGCCACCGUACGCCUCCUCGGAUCCGUGUAGGCCAGCCAUUCUCGGAACAGAGGCAUACAGGAACUACUAUUGGAAGUUCCGGCCGAAUGUCCAAGACCACGGGGCCGCUGAAGAGCACAAUCUUUCUCUACCGGCGACUGCUCAUGACCACGGCUCACCGGAAUCCCGAAUCUCGCUUGAACGGCGUAUCACAUGCGCAGUACUAAGCCUAUCCUCCCGAGACAAGAUACUCACAAGCAUCAUGCAAACUUGCCGUACCGAGGAUCUCUCCAGGGUUGUCCAGGCAUUUCCUGGUGCGGAACUGCUGGACACACUCCUCCAGUACUACCUGACUUCCCCCGUGGCGCGAUCAGACAACUUCCUGCAUGGUGCAACCUUUGACCCGAACAAGAAACGACCAGACCUUCUAGCUGCAAUGGUCGCUGCAGGCGCGGUGCUCACUUCGGACCCCACCUUGUCUAAGCAUGGCCUGGCCAUCCAAGAAUGCCUGCGAGUCGCCAUACCCAGACACUGGGAACGCAAUAAUACCCUCACAAGGGACUUGGAGCUCUGGCAAGCAUAUCUCAUAGUCCUCGAAAUCGGACUCUGGAGCGGCCACAGCAGGAAGGUCGAAAUAGCGGAAAGUUUCCUUCAGCCUCUUGUGACAAUGGUCAGACGUGACGGAAAGUUGAAGCGGUCUGACUGUCCGAAGUCAGUCAUCCCGGGCGACUGUGACGAUAGUGUUUCUCUUCACAGUGCCUGGACGACGUGGGUGGAAACCGAAUCGUUCAAGCGACUUGCCUUCAGGAUGCUCGAACAUGAUACCAAUGCGUCGUUCUCACUGCUCGUUAAUCCCCUGAUAUCGUACGCCGACAUUCAGCUCCCCAUACCUGACCCAGCGGAGAUGUGGUCUGCCCUUAGCCCAACGCAAUGGAAAGCGUCAUUUCUAUCUGAGCCGAACUCAAGCUUGGCCCGACCGCUGACGCUGGCUGAUUACAUGGACGACACAGAAAAUUUCCACGCUUAUAAGAAUACCGUCGAUACCAGCAUAGUUAGUUCCGCCUUCCUUUCGUGCGCUUGGCGGCUCACUUGGGAAUAUACUCAACUCAGGUCUCUGCAAAGGGCUGGCUCAGGAAAACGGUCCUGGAACGCCUUGCUCAUGUCCGGGCGACAUGAGGAGAUCUUGAAACUUCUCAGCAACUUCCGCAUCAGCGCCGACUUGGACGUCACACGCGCGGAAGAGAUUACCAUGCGUGUAGAGCUUAUUCUCAUGCACCUUCACAUGCCUUUCAACGAGAUACAACUCUUCGCCGGCAUGGAUGGGCUGGAGCAAGCACGAUAUGCCUACCCGACGAUCAAUCAGUGGGUCACAGGCGAUUCCGCUAGGACAGCCGUCUGGCACGGCGGCCAAGUUCUGCGGGCAGCAAAACUCCUUCCAAGGGGGGCCCUAUGGGGUCCUAGCGCAAUGAUGGUGUAUCAUGCCAGUCUUGUUCUAUGGGUGUACGGCUUGUUAUUCGAAAUGCCGGGGAUGACCGGAUCGGCAAGUUCUGGCGUGAGCCUACCUUCAUCAGCUGGCGGACAGUCUCAAAAUGUCUAUCUGGAUGGGCCUGAUGACAUUGCCACGCAGAGAUUCCUUCAAUUUGGGCGAGGUCUUCCAUUCAUACGAAGCCUUCCCGGGCUGGACAACCAGCUUGAUGAUGUCCAGCUUUCACGGCCGGACAGGGUAAUGGAGACGGUUGUUGACAUCCUCCGCCGGAAUCACGACGAGAUGUUUCGCCCUCAUUCGGUUGACAACCUGAUACAACUAAUUGGCGGGCUUCAGAAAGCGGCAGGGCCCCGUGCUCUUUCGUGA